AGCAUGUAUACUUUACUACAGUGGGGAAGAUCCAAGAGAUAACGUUUGUCAACGACACAACUGAGAACAGCAUUACUCAAUCACCCGUCACCAACAAAUAACCCCCCAGUCGACCACCAUGGUUGCGUAACUGAGAGCCAAUUAGAAGGCAACCGCCACCGCCUCCGCCGCGUGCCGCCUCUUCGUGAAGCUCCAUGGCUGCUGCUAUUAGGCAUUGUGUUGCGCAAUUCAUUGAGCCUGAAUCCUUGAAUUGCUCUCUGCCAUCUCCAUCUCUCUUCCCCAAACAAUCUGCUCGGUUCUCCAUUCAAAGAUAUCAUCAUCAUCAAGCAUGUUCUCUAUCCAUGAAUGGUUGCCAAGGUGACCCACGAGCCCCCAUCGGAACCGUCGAAACUCGAACUUUUCCGGCGGUCUCGACCCUGGCAUUGGCGGUGGAAAGCCUCAACGCUGCCAUUUCCAACCUCAUCAACUCCGACCCUCCGCCGUUCCGCUCUGGGAUUAUUCGUCUUGAGGUACCAAUUAAAGAGAAGAUUGAAGCGCUAGCUUGGCUGCAUGCCCAGAACCACCUGCCCCUUCUCAUCCCGCGCUGUUUCUUCUCCGGUCGAACCCCAAGCCGAAGCCUCGACUCCGAUCCUUCAUCCAUUGCUCGUAGUAGCAAUGCCAAUUCCAUUAUUUCUUCUUCUUCUUCUUCUCCUUCUGAAAAGCAUAGAGUGGUGAGUGUUGCUGGUGUGGGCUCUGCUGUCUUCUUCCGCCAUUUACACCCCUUCUCAUUCAACGAUUGGCUCGCCAUUAAGCGGUUUCUGUCCAAGAAAUGCCCUCUAAUUCGCGCUUACGGUGCAAUCCGCUUUGAUGCAACUGCAAGCAUAGCUUCUGAAUGGAGAGGUUUUGGGUCAUUUUAUUUCAUGGUUCCACAGGUUGAAUUUGAUGAGCUUGAAGAAAGUUCAAUGAUUGUUGCAACUAUUGCAUGGGAUGAUGCCCUAUCAUGGACGUAUGGGAAGGCAAUAGAUGAACUUCAGGCAACGAUGUCUAAGGUUUGCACUAUAGUUAAACAAUCGCUGAAAAUAGUUCCUAAUACAUAUAUUCUCCAGAACACUCAUAUCCCAAACAAAACAUCUUGGGAUCAGGCUGUUAAACGUGCUCUCCAAAUGAUUAACAGGGAUGACUCUACACUGAUCAAGGUUGUACUUGCUCGCAGCAGUAGAGUUGUAACUGCUACAGAUAUUGACCCUUUGAUGUGGUUAACUUGCCUGAAGUUUGAAGGAGAGAACGCAUAUCAGUUUUGUUUACAGCCUCCUGAAUCACCAGCAUUUAUUGGAAAUACUCCAGAGCAACUAUUUCAUCGAAACCGACUCAGAAUUUGCAGUGAGGCUUUAGCUGGCACCAGAGCUAGAGGUGGAACAGAGCUUCUAGAUCUUAAAAUUGGGCGUGAUUUGCUUUCCAGUCCAAAAGAACAUAAUGAGUUUGCUAUAGUACGGGAGUGUAUUAGAAGAAAAUUGGAGGCUGUGUGUUUCAGUGUGCUGAUUGAACCAAAGAAAGCUUUAAGAAAACUUCCUAGAGUCCAACAUCUUUAUGCUCAGUUAACUGGGAGGCUUCAAAGUGAAGAUGAUGAGUUCAAGAUUUUAUCAUCGCUUCAUCCAACUCCAGCAGUUUGUGGGUAUCCUACGGAAGUUGCACGGGUCUUAAUAGCAGAAACUGAAAUGUUUGAUCGAGGAAUGUAUGCCGGCCCUGUUGGUUGGUUUGGAGGGGGAGAGAGUGAAUUUGCAGUUGGAAUAAGAUCAGCUUUGGUUGAAAAGGGUCUUGGUGCAGUGAUUUAUGCUGGAACCGGGAUAGUGGAAGGAAGCAAUUCAUCUCUAGAAUGGGAUGAACUAGAGCUGAAGACAUCACAGUUCACCAAACUGAUGAAACUUGAGGUGCCUAUGUUGACAAGUAGUGGAGAAAGUAGGAAGAUCAACCAAAGAGGUUGGUGACACCAAAGGAACAUAUAUAUCAUUAGAAAUUUCAUCAAGAAUUCAUGUUAGUAGUGAUUAUAUAUAAAUUAGUAUUACUAAGUCGAUCUCUCAGGGAAAAUGAUUACUUCCCAGUUCCCAGUCAUCUUUUUACUUUGCACCAGAAAGAUUUUGCAAAUCUCAGAGGAAUCGAAUUUCUCAUAGUUUAGUGUAGACGAUAGAGAUGUGACAUUCAUUGUGGACACAAAGGGCGCAUUGCAUGUUAAUCUGGUAAUUGACCAUUUCAUCAUCUCCAUCUUUAGAAGCCAAAGCAGAUGAGGGAAAACAAUUUCACUAUGGAAGAUUGUUAAUAAUGGGGUUGCUUAUCAGUUAUGAGCAAAAUAUAUAGAGAUGUGCCAAAAUUCUGCCCUUUGAUUGUAUUUAAUUGUAUAGAUUAUUUUAUAUCAUAUAUAAGUGUAUAUUUGAUUUGAAGUGAUAUUCUGUCAUUCAGUGGCAAGACAUUUAAAUGGAAAA